GCAGUCGUUGAGAUCGUUGAGUAAGUCUAGACGUUACAGUGUUGUUAGUGUUCACGUUAUUGCGUACAUUUGAUACUUUGAAAACUUUGAUUCAAUAAAGAAACUAGAAAAGACACAGAUGUACGUAAAGCCUAAAAACUUGAUCUCUUAAAAAUCAUAAUAAAAAGGUAAUCAGUUCUAUACUUAAGUUUGAAUCACCAAAACCCUGUGCACAUCAAUGCAGCUUCUUCGAUGUGUAGCCUUUAAGUAUAAUCGCUGUGUUCUUUAUAAUUCAAAUUACAACUAGUCUGUUUAUUCGCAUGGCACGUGGGCUUGCCAGAAUGAAUCAUCGCAAGAGUUGAAAGAACAGUUACCCUCUCUCACGUGUAAUAAUAGUUCAAAGUGUACGACUUGUUUCAGCUGGUGUCAGCGGAACAGCUAACACUUAGUAACACCGACUAGAAUUGAGGACAUUAUGCCUGGUGGCCGUUAAAUGGAGAAAGGAAUUUAUUUACAUUUUGAGGCUCAGUGGUGUUAAGAAAAGCUGGAUCGAGAGUACAAUGUGAAUACUUUAACUGACGAUUUUCUAAAGAAGCAUCUUCGAACGGAAGAAGUUACGAGCUAGCUGUCCUCUCCUCAUGACAAGUAGAAAUACAGUGAUCCUCGUUUACAUAAACAAACAUUUCAUUGAAAUCUUUCAAGAAAGAAAAUUAAGAAGCGAUCUGAGACUGCCUGGAUGUUGUGUUCUUGCCUUUGGUUAAUCCUAGGUCGACUGGUUGAAGAAGAAAUAUAUCGAUUCUGACACGUGCACGAGAAUACCUGACAUAUUCCUUUAUCCCCAAGCAACAGACUGUAUAAUUGACGUCGCGACGAAUUUGAGUGGAAGUGUAAAGAACCAACAUUUGUCGUGAAACAAAGAAAGUGAUGACGUAAAUGGCUCUGCUCACUAUGCAAUCCAAUCGUGUAUUUCGUUUCUGGUGGGCAUUGCUAACAUCUUUCUUAAGCCUAUAUAAUACGUUUGUCUUAGCAGAUAUAGAUACAACUUUGUAUGACUCUCGGAAAAUGCCAUCUGAUUCUUUUUCGCAUUCGGAGUUGAUAAAUUUCGAAGGAAGCGGUGUUCAAGAAUAUAACUAUAAUGGAGAAGAUCCUUCAACCUCAUCAGGAUCUUUCCUUGAUUCUUGGAAUAUGGAAAGACUUGAACAAGCACUCGCUACGAUACUUGCCAAGUUCUCCUCCGCCGACUCAGCAUCAAAAGAAACAAGUGAGCAUGAAGUUGAGUCAUCCUUUAUUGACCUUAGAAAUGAAGACUUUAUAGAAAACCAAACCAAACCUGUUGUAAUAUCUUUAGAGCCUCCAACGCAGCAAUCUACUGUAGAUAGUGAACUUACCUCCUUUGAUCAACAAAACUUCUCCAAGGAUGAUGAUGUUGGCUCAUCUCCUGGCGUUUACGACUUUUCUGAAUCUUGGCCAGGGAUCGUUUCUGAUUAUAAUAGAGAGAAUGGUAAGACCACAGAUUCUGUUACUACAAGUACCCAAACUGUUGAUUCUAGUCACCAAAACAUCAAUUACACGAAGAUAAUGUAUGAGAGUACUACAGUUCCAAACAACAUAAAAGAAAUUGCAUUAACACCACAUGAUAUCCAUAUAUCAUCCCUGAGUUGGGAAGACCUACUUAGUAGUUCCUCAUUCCAGCCGAGUACACCAUUAGAAAAUCUAACAGUCUCUACUGAAAACUUGUCAGUCAUCACAACUGAAAAGGAAUCGGAUUCCGUGUUUCACAGAGUGAAAAAUGAUUAUAAUCUCGGUUUGAAAACUCCAGAUUCGUCAACAGAAAUAACUCGAAACUCCCAUACUCUUUGGCCUGGUGGCCAGAGCUUUGAGAACAAAGAAACUACCGAUUAUAUAUUGCAACCAGUAACAAAAAGUAUAACGCAAGCUCCGACUGUAACAUCCUCUGUUUAUACUUCAAGCAAUUUUAAGGAUAGUACUCAAACUUCAGCAGCUGGUAGUUCGUUAUUUUAUUCACUUGAUACUUACUUAACAGACACUUCCACAGAAGUAACACAGUUGUCACAACAUGAUGUAAUAGAAGCAAGUAGCUCUUCUCCAGGACCAGAACAUCCAGUUACUACUGUGAAAUCGAUAAGUUAUUCAGAUUCUCCAACUAAGAUGUUUCUAGAAAGUGCGUUGACGGUACUUUUACCACUCACAACUAGCAGCGAGGAAGAAACUUCUGUUCGCUCAAAAGAAAUAUUAUCUUCAUCCAUUAAAGAAUACCAUGUUGACUCAUCUGAAACAACUGUACAACAUCCUCAGUUCGAGAAGGAUGUUAAAAACCAACCAUCAUAUUCUGUAACUCCAAAAAUCUUAGUUACAAUAACUGAAACCCCAUAUGUUUUUCACACAAAGCCGUCAGAUGUAAUAUUUCUAUCAACUUGGAAAAAUAAUCCUGUUUCGCACACCACAGAAACCCAGGUUAAAACUGAGACUGAAGAACCAACUCCACUGUAUACCAAUCUUUAUGUGAAACCGAAAUCGGAUUUAUCGUUUCCCUUUCACAAAACAUUAUAUCCAUCGAAGAACAUUGAUGGAAGUCAAGCAAAUGAACCUGUAAAGGUUUUACAAACUUCUACAGGUCCUCCGGAUACAGAAAAAACUAUUCAGUUGUUUAAAACGUCAACAGAUUUUCCCAAACCUCUAGCAACAGGGCAUCCAGCAGUGCUGUGGGAAAAGCAUACUUUAUCACCCAAUGAGAAUACUCAGCGUACAUUAUCCUCAUCUUUACAAAAUAUUGAUAAGCAAUUAAAUGACCCUCCUUAUGGAGGUCCAAAUAUUAUUUUACCCAAUAUCAUCGAAACAUUCCAAAAGCCUAAAGUACCAAGAGAAGACACUCCAGAAGAGCCUGUGACAGAACCUCCAAUACCAUUUGCGGAGCCAGGCCCAGCGUGGAAGAAGGCAAAAAUUACUUGGGGUUUAGCCUGGGAUGUUCAUGUUUAUAUGAUGGGAUCGUUGUUUACACUUCUGGCCGUUUACUCAUUUGUGAGUGUGUUAAGAUUAAAGACAUUUGUGAGACUACUUAGUCGCGGAUACUUUAUGAGUUUGAAUAUCAUGAUGUUCUUUAUGGGUGUUUCGAGAGCAGUGUACUUGCUUUACGAUCCCUAUAAUUUACAAGGAAAAUAUCCAGCUGUGUUAGCUUAUUUUGUUUUUAACAGUGGAUAUCCUUUUUUAACUUCAGCAUUUUCAAUUCUUUUUCUCGCUCUGCUCCAAGCAACGAAAGUAGAACUAUUAUCUCCAAAAAUACAGAAACCAAGCAUAUUAGCCGGGAUCAUUAUAUUUCAUUUUUCAUUUUCGUUGACAACUGACAUCCUUGUUGGUUCAUUUGUAAAAGCUGGUAUUCUUCUCUUUGUUUGCCAAGUGAUGUUUUGCAUGUGGUCCUUAUUUCUUUCUGUUGGUUACUUUCAUAUCUUCAGCAAGCUGUACAGAGCAGCGUUAAGAAAGCAGAGUGAAAUGAUACGAGUCACGUUUACAAAGCUACACAUUGAUGGUGCCAAACUUCCAAAGAAAUUGCCCAGACCGACUUUAGGCUUAGCUGUAAAAGUCACUCUUGUAACAGCCGUAUUUGGCCUUAUGAUGACAGCUUUACAGCUUUAUGGCAUUAUCCGCGUGUACAGUGUGUUUGUAAAAAAUAAACCAGAACCCUGGCCUUGGUGGGCCUACCAGCUUGGAUGUCGUAUUUUAGAACUAGCAAUGUGUCUCACAAUGUCUUUCAUCGCAACUCAACCCAUGAGGCACUUCGAAUCUAGUGAUGGUAAGUGUUGUAAUCUUCUAUUGUGGUUUCCCUGUAACGUGUUUAUUGGAUGUUGUUGUAAAGGUGAAGAAAUGGAUUAUGAAGCGUAUUCCUAUUAUUAUGCCAAUUAUCAAGGGAUCAGAAAUGGUGCUUUUAACAACGCCUCCUUUGAUGACCCUAGAAGGUGGGAGCAGGGCAACUCUUUGCCAAUAAUUCGGACUUUUUCAGUGGAAGCUGAUGACACUGUUCCGUUAAAAAGCUUACCAAACAGAUCGCGCCCUAAUGAAAAUAGAACUAAUCCUAGUGAAAUAUGUCUUCUGACUUCUCAGAAAGCAAAUCAUAUCAGUUGUUCAACUAAUGAUGAUUUAAGUAACUCGCUGAAGACCGUUGUUCCUCUAGGAACAAUGUCAUCUGCCUCAGAUAGCAGAUUGGCGGGUGAUAAACCCCCUUCAAUGUUGUAUAAAGAAAAAGGUAUUAUACGUUUCCGCAGAGAGGGAGAUCCAGAACAACCAAUGGAAUUUACUGAUCAGGAAGAUGGAUCUAUUGAGGAUCUCAGUAAUGAGGACAACGAGUCAACCAAAGCCUAUGCUGGAUCCAGUGUUCACACAUUAUUCGUUGACAAUGUUGAAUCAGCACCAUUGUCACCUUUCUUUCAGUCAGGAUGUCACCCACGUUUUAAACGAAUGAGCCGGUGUAGUUUGGAGACAACAGAUAACAGUGUGAAUCUGUCAUCAGAACAACUCAGUAAUAUGGCGUCCAGAAAUGGUCUGUCAGGUAGCGCUUUAGACUUUCACCUGCGAAAAUACGGAAGUACUUGCAGUUCUGAAAGCGCUGCCAAUAGUUUUGAUGUUACUUUUUUCUUGAAUCCUCCUUCUGAAGAACAGAAUAAAAUUGAACACAAACUGGAUGAAAAUGAUGAGAAUAAGGAUAGAGUUAAUGGCUAUGAUGUGAUGCUGCGUAGUUUUUCUCCCCUUGCUGAACGCAUCCGUCAACAUCAGGAGUUACCGCUUACUUUGAAUCUUUCCAACAGGAAGGGCUAUCGAGCAGUUCAAGUCAAUGUUGCGUGUGGAACCGACGACAUAACUCCAGAUUCUGCUGUUUAUUUGGAUCUCCAACUUUCUCAAAAUAAUAAUUGUGAGCAAGAAAAUGCACCUUCUGUUGUAGUUUCCAACGUUAAACGAGCGCCAUUUAGUCAUUCCAUGAACGAUUUGACCAAAUCAAACGCUAACAGCCCAACUUCCGAAACUAACUCAAAGUGUAAGCGAAGUUCAAGAGGUUUCUUGAACAAACUAAAGGGCUCUACAUUUUCUCUAAAUACUAAUAUGAAUGGAUACGAACCUUUAGAAUCUGAUGAGUGCUCUCCACGAAGGCGUAUGUCAUCGAAAGGAAGUCGUCCAGAAGGAAAAAUUAGAAGAGUUUCUAGUGACAGGAGACCUUUCUCGACUAGUGAAUGCUAUUACGGCACUAACAUUGAAUAUAAAGAUGACGGUAGCUUCGGAGAACUGCAUCAUGUCGACAGUGGAUUGUUGAGAGAUUCUCCUGAUGUAAUUCUUCAAAUAGAUGAAGCUGCUCAAACUGACCCUCUUGAAGUUCAAGAAGGAAUCAUGACGAUUUGCAGUGAGAUCGGGCGACUUGGAAGAAGUCAAGAAAUUCUGAGUCCAGGCGUUAUGUAUUUAACUGAUUAAUGUGAUCACGUGUUUGUAAAUAUGUCACAAAAUCAUUAUUGCCUCCAAAUUGAAUUUGUAAACUUAUUGUACAUAAGGAACGUGCAAAAAAACAAAAACAAAACUGUAGUCUCUAAAAUUUGUCACCAUGGAUCCUGUUUUAUAGUUAAAUUUCUGUCAAUACAACUGCCAAACUGUCACUUUCACUUUGAGUUCAUUGUGAAAUCGAGCAGUUGGGAGAAUAGUAAUUUUACUAUUUAUAUUUACGUACAUAAAGCAUGUAACAUUGCUUUCUUUAAUUAUUUAUCAAUCAACUGUUCAUUUUAUCGUUCUUAUUUUGCUAACUGUGAAUUUUUAUAAACUUGAAUCAGAGUAAAACACUGACUCGUGUGCAGUGUUAGGGUUAAUCGAAACACUAAUAUAGCUGACACUCGAUAUUAUUAUAAUUUGGUUGGAAGACUUAGUCUUAAUUUAUUUUUAAUCAUGAGUUUAUAGAUUUAAACUAAAGUCAAUAAAAUAAAAUACAUGAGAAUAAGUGGUUCAAAAGUCUAUUUUCUAGUUCACUAUUCUAUGUCUGAAACAUACUGUAACUGAAAAUAAGUACAUGUAUAAAAUGUUGUUACAGUCCUCCCUUGAUUGAUAUUGAUGUAACUCCGAUUUACGUGUUUGUUUCUUAUGCAUGGCAAAUGUCUACAAGUCACAUUUCUUUUAUGUUUAGCUUCGAUGAUCUUGUUACAAAGUGAUUUUUUUGUACUUGAAACUUAAUUCUUUCUCUAUAUAUUUAUAUAUAUUUAUGGAUGUACUUAUAAUUUUUAGACUGAUAUUAUUUUGAUGUCUUGAUUAGUGAAGUUGACAUUUUAUCGUUUGAUUAUAGAUUUUCUCAUAGUUUUUAUAGUGCAUUAAUAUGUUCGACUUUUAUAAUCUGUUGAAAAAGUCGAGUACAUCUUAAACUGGAAACGGGUAAGUUAAAGCACAUCUAAGGUGUGCAUACCUGAAUGCAGAUUUGUAAAAAUUCAGCAGUCGAACGUGGCGCUAGAAACCUAAGAUUCUAGUGAUUGGGCCGAAAAACAACACUAUAAAACAAUUUACACGCUUGUUUAUCAGUCCUUUGUUUAUUUGAGUUUGUUUUUGCCAUUUUUUUCGCACGUAACAUUCAAAGAUUACGUCUGUUUAUAAAAGUCCAACAUUAUGAAUCACAAAAAAAGGUGCAUUUACUAAAAUAUGUAUUAUAUUGUUAAUGUAACUUUGUCGUUAGCACUAGAAUUAUUUUCAUAUAAUUAUUUUCCAGACUCAAAUUUUAGCCCAACCAUUAACUUAAAUGAUAUUGUUGCGGAUGGGUAACUACACAAAACCGUCAACACACAAACUUCAACGCCAAUGUUUAUAUUGUAUCUCACAAUAAUAUUAAGACAGUUAUAAGUAUUGUGUUUAAAUGUUAAUAUUCAUGUGCCAGUCAGAACUAACGAGUCACUCUUUACUAUAUCUUAUUUAUAAGCGUGGUUACAAAAAAGCACAAAAAUUACAAGGUGAUUAAUGUCUAUUAUCUCAUUUUUGCCUGACAGCCCUCCGAUGGUUAAUCGAUAAGCGUCAGGACUUCAAACUCUAAAGUCCGAGACUCGAUCUCCAAGGCGGGCGAAGCGCAGGUAGCCCAAUGUAUAGCUUUUCGCUAAAAAUAAAUAAAUUUAUCUGGCAGAAUUUUUUUAACUCCCAUUGAAAGCGUGUCUUCGAUCGGAAUUACAGGGUGACCGCAAUUAUUCAAUAGAUUUUGUAUUUGCAAUUAAUAUAAAGUAGACAAUGCCCCCCCCCCCUGGAUUCACUACAGCGCUUAAACAGAAAACGACGGUGGUGAAUUAUAGAACUAAGUUAAUGUUCUUCAGUGGUAUUUGGAAUUCUAUCUCUUUCUUUUUUUUUAUUUUCUCGGACAUUCCAAAAGGUACAUUUAUAACAGAUAAAACUAAAUAUUUACAGUGUGUGCUAUGCACUUGUAAUGCAUAUAUAUGUAUGUGUGAACGUGAAAAAGUAAAAUUCAAAGAUAGUGUGAGUUCUCGUAAUAAACUUCUUAAGCACAAUUUAUUAGUAUUCUCACUUUUGGACUCUAAAACUGCCAAAUAAAACGUUUGGGUACAAUUAUAAUAAAAUAGUAAAUGGUAUAAUCAUAAAAACUAUUCCACGUACGAUAAAAAUUAUUCCGCAACCGUUAUCAAAUUAUUGUAAUGAUAAUAAUAAUGUUUAUUAUUGUAUAAUAAAUUAUAUUUACUAACUUUCAAAGUAUUUUUGAAAUAAUAAUAAUAAAUUCAAUUUUUUUGUAUAAAGGAUCGCCAUUUCGAUAACAUUAAAUAAUCAAUAGACAGUUAAGAUAAUUACAGUUUGGUAAACAAAAUGUGAUGUGACCGAACAGCGUGAUUUGAAAAAUUGUAUUUAAAAAAAAUGGUUUAAAUUAUCAAAAAAGGGCUUCCUUUAAAUGUUUUCCACAUUUUCAAAGCAAAAUUUAUAUAAAGAUUAUUUAGAAACUGUCUUUAAGUAUUACGUUUGCUAUUAAACAUUCAUUAGUUAUUUUAUAUAUUCACCCAAAUAUCAGUUAAAGUUCAGUAAUUUUUAUUCUCGCUUUUAUAUACAACUCAUUUGUAUUGUCUCCAAUUUGACGUUUAAUGAAGUCAGUUCUUUACGUCAGCUGUAAUGCCAAGAUUAUUCCUCUUAAAACACAAAUGUAAUGCAAGUAUAAUCCACAUAAUGAUGUCUCUGAUAUCCUACUGUGCUAUGGGGAUUCAGAGUACAGAAAGCAAUAAUACUACCGAUUAGUUAUUCAAUCUAUAACAGAACGUUGCUGUCGACAAGAUUUGAUGGUGUUUUUUUACUGGUCUGGUUUUAAACAAAAUAAAGUAAUUAACAAGUCUCUAUUAGUCAAUAGUUAGUGGUGUAGAAAACCUCGAUAAAAAAUAUAACCCACUUGAGGAAACAAAAAAGUCUUUAGAGCAGCUUAUUGUGACAACCGAUUUUUAUCAUUGGAGUUAAAAUAUUAAUUUCUCUGGAAAUAAAAUUGAAUUCUAGGUUAACAUCUACGUAUUGUUUUAAAAUUUAGAAAUAUCGUAGUCUCCAAUUAAAUUUGUCAUCCGACGACGUGCAUGUUUAUCAAUAUCGGUUGAUUUUUAAAAACGUGCUUAGAUUUCGUAGUUACAACUGAAACUAAUUUAUAAUUCUCUUAAAUUCUCAUAUUACUGUGAGAAGCCUUCAUAGAAAACAGUAAAACUUUGUAGGGAUAGCAAAUCUUAGAAAUAACAGUAGAAUGAUUCCACAUCGACCCCCUUCGAUUUAAUGUAAAUAUUACUUUAAUAGAAACAAGUUAGCGAUUAGUAUGAUAUUUGAAUACUUGUUAGCUUAAGGAUAUCGACUUGAACUGAAAUGAAUAAUCGACUUUAAUUUUUGAAUUGUUUAUAAUAACAAUUUUAAAUCACCAAAAUUUUGUAUAGACGGAAAAAUUAAAAUACUGCGCAAUUCAAAUAUUCCUUUGUAGCAUGAAAUGGCGCAGUAUAAGAAUCAAGUUGUAUCACAUACAGUGAUGCCAUAAAGGUGACGAUUACACAGUUUCACAAGUAGCGCCACCUUUAGGAAGCUGGCUCUUUACCAAAGAAUAAAAAUAUAGUCAAAUCAUUCAUAUUUCUUUCCAUACAAUUGUCAGGAUAUAUUGUGUACUGAAAUUCGAAUAAAAUAUCGAAGUUUAGCACAAACUUUAAAUUAAAACCUUAAAGAAUAAUCCGCUAUCACUUCUUGAAGUAUAUAAUUUUUAUGCUGUACCAGGAUAAGCUUACAGUGUCAAUAUAUUUAUAUGAAUUCAAAGUGCAUGUAAGGCAGCAACUCCAGUGAUGUGUGCCAAUAACGUUUUGUGUUAGUUGUAGAAUAUAGAAAUUACUAUUUGGUCGUGAAAAAUAUUUGCAUUUAUUAUCAUUCACUUUAUUUAGAAAAGAUGAAGUUAAAUCUUUUUAGCAUCAACAUGUACAUUUUGUUGGUCUGCGUAACAUUGUAUGUUUAUUAUUGUGAAUGAUGUACCAGACAAUAAAACAGGUCGCAAAAUAUUGUAGUGUAGAAAUAAGGCCAACGUCUAGUGAAAAAUGUCUACUAUCGUUGAAAAUAAUAAAAAUAAGCACAGUCAGAUUGAGUGAAAAAGAUUUGUUUUGUGCAUGGAACAAUUUCAGUUAUUUGUGUAAUCAGAAAACAUUUCUUCAAGACAGCGGUACAGUGCAUAUGAUCAAUAAAGUUUCUCAUA